CAUCGAUUGAACGGUGAUCAGUUGAGUCUAGUGCUUGGAUCUAGAUUGAAGACAAACCUUGUGUAAAGACAACUCUGCCCAAGAUGUUCCGCGCUGUUUUGAUGCUGGCAGUUUGCCAGCUGGUGCUGGCUCAAUAUGGAAGUCAGUAUAGCUCCAACUAUGGAAACCAGCGUUACGAGUCCCACCAGGAAGCCUAUCGCCGUAUCGGAGACAUCGUCCAGGAGAAAACGACAAGCUGGAAGGCCGGAGUCUACCCGAAACCGUUGUCUCACUUCUACACCGGUUUGACCGUUUCGCCAACUUCGAAGAAUCUGAUGACCCACCGAACCCCGAUCGGUAUCCUGCUUUCGAUGCCAGAGCAGCUGCCAGAGUCCUUUGAUGCCCGCACCAAGUGGCCGGAAUGUAAAAGCAUUCGUACCAUCCGGAACCAGGGAUGCUGUGGCUCUUGCUACGCCAUCUCUGCUGCUUCGACGAUGAGCGAUCGUUGGUGCAUCCACUCGCCGAACCACGAGAGCUUCAGUUUCGGAGCCUACGAUCUGAUGUCCUGCUGCCGUAGCUGUGGAAAUGGAUGCCACGGAGGUGAUCUGCCACCGGUUUGGGAAUACUGGGUCGAAAAGGGUAUCUCAAGCGGAGGACCCUAUAACUCCAACAAGGGUUGCCAUUCGUAUCCGGUUGAUGUGUGUGAUCCCGCCGAUCCUGAAAUGUUCGAGGCUCCCAAGUGUUCUCGAUCGUGCCAGUCUGGUUUCAACGCUACCAUGGCUUCCCAGGAUCGUCGUUAUGGAAGCAAGGCUUAUGCUGUUGCUGACGAUGAGGAGCACAUUAUGAGCGAAAUUAUGACCAAUGGACCGGUUCAAGCUGCCUUCGAUGUGUACGUUGACUUCAAGGCCUACAAGAGUGGAGUCUACCGUCACGUUUGGGGACCUCGCGAUGGUGGCCAUGCGGUCAAGAUCAUCGGAUGGGGUGUUGAGAACAUCAAUGGCGCUCCGGUCAAGUACUGGCUGGCUGCCAACUCGUGGGGACAGGAAUGGGGAGAGAAUGGUUACUUCCGAUUCGUGCGCGGUGAGGAUCACUGCGGCAUUGAGUCGUACAUGUUUGCCGGUCUGCCCGAUUACAAGAAGCACAUGCAACUGGAUGGAUACAACUAUUGAUUUGAAUUGUUUGAAGUUUUUGUUUGGAAAAAUGGUAUGAAUCUUUA